AUGGACAGAUUCCGUGUUGACGGCGGGCCAAUGAGAACGGAGAAGCGAUUCAGCGUCGAGGCGAACCGUGGCCGGUUACUUUCCAAAGAGCACGAUAGCAUCUACAUGGCAGUCGGUGCACGGGCGUUUGGGCUUAAUAGCAGCACACAUGUUAAAGUGGUGGUGGCGGUUCCAUGCAGCCAUUUUUCCUUCGUGAGGAGCCCCGAGAAGCACCAGGGCCGCCCCGGCGGGCCCAACUCCGUC